AGAGUCUCAAUGGACUACAGGCGCGAUAAAUGAACGGAAAUCGAUAUCCACUCUCCAAGUAGUGCAUCCACAGAACUCGCCAAUAUCUUGACGUCACAAACAUUCUGCAAGAUGAUUGGCGGUCUUGACAUAAAUAUUUAAUAAGUGUCGCAUAGCUAAUGUCGCGAAAUGGAUUACCGAUAUUUCACAAAUGAUCUCAACUAACGUUUUUCAUCUCGCUGGAGGUCAUUUGACAAAAUGAAAAUUAUUCAAUAUUGAUAAUGAGAAUAUCUCAAGCAUGAGAGGGAGAAAAAUGUAGAAAGUGAGGAGUAAUAUACGAAGACCAGUUUCUCUCUCAUCUUUUAUCCGGAUUGGAUAUAUAUUAAUGUUGAAUCUAGUGUUUCGCAGCUUUACAUUCAUAGCAUCUGUAUCGGGAGUUGAAUACACCGGAGGUUAGUUCAAACUCUGGAAUGAUGUCGACGACUAGCAGACGUCCCUCCCUGCCUCCGAUGCCAGACCUCUCCCAUCUUGAUGAAGCAGAGAGGAAACAGAUAGAGGAAGUCCUGAGGAGGCAACAUGAAGAGGAGGAAAGAGAACAAGAAAUGAUAAGGAAAAUGCAACAUGAUUUUGAUGCCUAUCGCCAAUCUGUUGACAAAAUCAACUUGGAAGCAAAAAAACUUGGUCCACAAGGUCAGCUAGACACAGGAGCAGUGUGCCAGAUUUGCCAUAAGACAAAGUUUGCAGAUGGUGUUGGACAUGUUUGUCACUACUGCCAACUUAAAUCUUGUGCUAGAUGUGGGGGAAGAAUGACAGUCAAACAAAAUAAGAAAUUGGAUGAUAAAACUGCACCCCCUGUCAACAAUCCACCAACUACUGUGUGGUCCUGUAAUCUUUGUCGCAAGAAGCAGGAUCUUCUAGCAAAAACGGGAGCUUGGUACCAUGGGGGGAUGGCUAAACCAGUCCAACUUGGCCUAGACACCCAAACAGAAAGCGACACAGCCUCCAUCAAGGCAGAAAUUAGUCCUCCAAAUGAAAAACGACCAAAAAUCUAUGAAAAGAAAGCAGAUGGUACCAUAUCUGGAUCCGACAAAGAAAAUAUAAAAUCAGGACCCAGAGGACCACACCCUCAUCCAAAGGAGGGCAUUAGGAGACAGACAUCAUUGGAUACAGGAAGUUCACAACAUAGUCGUGGAAGACUUAAUGAACAGUAUGCCUUGACUCCGGAAGAUGGUGAGAAGUUUCGUGAACAUGGACAAGUGACAGAGCGUGGAAGAAAUCGUGAUCGCUCUCCUGCUUCUAGAAGACAUUAUAGUGAAACAAGGCUGUCAGAGACAGAUAGAAGAUUUGCUCAAGAAUUCCGACAUGGUGAUAGACUUGGUAGGGGGGAGGGUACAUCACGCUCCAGGGAUCCGUCGAGGGAACGGGGACCACGAGAUGACAUGAAGAGGGGACGUGAUACUCACCCUGAUAAACGAGUACGAGAUGGACCCAGAGAUCUAAGAGAUGAAAGACAUCGUGACCCUCAUCGAAGUGAGCAUGACAUAGUCUAUAAACGUAGCAAAGACCCUGAUCACUACAGACAGUCUCCGGUGGAAGGCAUAAAAGGCCAUGACUAUGCAGACAAAGAGACAAUACGUGGCUCACGAGAGCAUGUAGACAUGUUAGAUGGUGAAAAAAGACGAACAAGGGAUUCUUCUCUCUCAAAAGUCAACAAUAUGCAAGCUCCCUCGUCAGGGAAACUGGAUAGAAGUGGAAGUGGCCGAUUGUCACGACCAGAGCGAACUCCCAAUGUUAGUUCUAGUCGUAGAUCCCCAACUACAUCUGAAAGAGAGAAGGGGAAGGAGGGACUAGACAUGUAUCACGGAGAGUCUCCUUCACCGCGAUCACCAAGUGUAUCCUCGCGUCACAAAAUGAGAAAUGUGUCCCCUACAGUGAAGGAUGAGAGUGGGCGUGCAAACAAUGGAGCCUACAGUUACAGUGUCUCCUCACACCUGGACCCCAGUGCUGCCGCGGGAAGAAACUUAACCAAGAACAAUAACAAUAAUAGUCGCAAGAAAAUGGAGAACCUGAGGGCAGACUCCCUCAGCUCUGACCCCUCAGACUGUGCAAGGCCUCCCCCACCUAAACCCCACAAACAUCGCAAGGGGAACAAAAAACAGAGACAGCACUCACUCAGUAGCUCCGACGAUGAAAUUAGAUCCACCCCUGAGAAUUCCAGUUAUGAAGGAGAGGAGGAGAGUGAAAGCAUUGUUAGUGAAAAAGGGGGAAAUGAAAGCAGUUUAAGGCAAACUAUUUCCGCUGGUAGGCCCGACACCUAUAAUGGCUGUCAAAAAUGUUGCCAUGGCAAUGUUUGCUGCAAGAACGCUGCUUAUGAGACUGAGACACAUGUUUUGAAAGACUCUGGAAUUGAUACAGGUCACUCCAGUAGUAGCCAAACAUUAAACGAAGACAGUUCCAAGCAUCCCGUUACCUGGAAAUUGUCAUCAGAUGGUUCUACCUACGUGGGUCACAUGAUUCUUAAAAAAACCAUUGAUGGAGCAAGACAGGAUGACUGUGCAAUUUUAGGGUUGAGCAUUGUUGGAGGAAGAGAGACCCCUUUAGGCCAACACGGUGCAUACAUUACGAAAGUCAAAAAGGGCAGUAUAGCAGACACUGUUGGCCAUCUCAGACCAGGUGAUGAGGUCCUGGAGUUCAAUGGGAGAUGUCUACAGAGAGCCACUUUUGAGGAGGUUCGAGACAUCAUCAUGGAGUCCAAGCAGGAACCACAGGUGGAGCUAAUUGUCCAUCGUAAUGCCAUUUCUGGUGAAGUUCCACCAGGAUUACAACAAAGUGACCAUAAUACUCGACGAAGUCCACUGGACCAUGACCAAAGAGGUAAGAGGGUCAAAGAUUAUACCAAUGGCCACGGCAGAAGACCAAAUCUAUCAGAAACAACCCCUUUGCCCUCUAGUUCUAGGUCAAGAACGCAGACUUCCAAAUCCAUGGGCAAAAUCCAGUUAAAGUUGUGGUAUAAUGUGAAAGGACAGGAGUUGAUUUUGACCAUCAUUAGUGCUACAAACUUGCCUCCUACAACUAAAGGCCAGUUCAGACACCCUUACUGCAAAGUCUAUCUGCUUCCAGAUAGGAGUGAAAAAAGUAGGAGGCGAACUAAGACAGUGAUGAAUAGCAAUGAGCCCACCUGGAACCAGACCUUUAUGUAUGAUGGGGUCACGAUAGCUGACCUCCGUAACUCACUGCUGGAGAUAACAGUCUGGGACUACGAUAGGAUGGGACCAAGUGAAUUUCUCGGAGAGGUCCUGCUUGACUUACACAGUGCUAACUUAGAGGAUGACCCUUUCUGGUACCCCCUAUCACAACAUGAUGAGAGCAGUUUACCCCUUCCUCAGUCCUCACCCAGAACUAAAACUCACCAGGAGGCAUAUUAUGGAAGAAAAGAUCACCUAUCCCCCCCUGUUAGCUCUCGUGGUCACAGUGACAGUGACAUGUCCGAGUUUGAUAUGGACGAAAGGUUCAUGGGAAAUAUCCCAGCUGAAGUUUGUCGUCUGGAUAAAACUAGUUCCUGCAGUUCAUAUGGUAGUUCAGUAGGAAGUGAUGAAUACUCCGACCCAACAGAUUACAGAUACUCACAUAUACGCACAAGGCCCAUACCCAUUCUUAAGAGCCAAUUCCGCCCAGCUAUUUCCCCCCUAGCUCUGGAAGUUCCCAUUGCUAAGGAGGACCCUGUAACCAGGUUAAGAGAAGCUAUAGUAUCUAGUCGAGAGGAACAUGAACGUUCUCAUCGACACCCAAAGACUGCUGUAGAGAAGUUGUCUGUCCCUGGGGAACAGAGCCCCCAUCAGAGGUCAACUUCCCCUAAACCGCCUGAUAUUCACACCAGAAAUAGGUCAAGGACACCUUCCUCCUCCUACCAUCGUGUGCCUGAAACUGUAACUCGCUCACUCUCCCCACCGGAUCUAAGCUCAUCCCCCUCCCGACUGAUGGCAAAUUCCCCCUCCAACACUCCCUCACCCAAGAAGAGACAGUUGCCUGCAAUUCCUACGGAUGCUCAGAGAGAAAGCAGAGAUCGAGUAGUGAGAGAUUUAGAAGAGAGAGCUCGUCAGAUCAAGAGUCGAAUGCGACCAGGCAGUGUGACCCCAAAUCUCUCAGACAGUGAAGCAAUGAGAGGUCGUCAUAGCAGGACUUACGACAGAUCUAUAUCCCGAGAACGGGGAUAUCCCCAAUACGACAGAGACCUGUCACGUGGGCGUAGAAAAGAUUUGGGCAAUGAAUAUGAUAUUCCAAGUGAUGGCGAUAGCGACAUCUCCGAAAUCUCCAAAGUCAGCACCAUAAGUGUUCGCUCCACCCAGUCCGAGAAACCUCACAGAAAAUUUAGCCAAUUUAAAGAAAAAAUAAAUACCAAGUCUACCAUACCCAGACAACAGCAACCUUCUGUACGCACUCCCACAGGUGAUAGUCAAGGCUUCCAGAAACAGAGCAGUAGUGGUAGUAUGUCCGACUCAGAGGUCGGGUCAUGUGUCACUGAGGGUCGUCGAAGGCGACCAAGUCUGGGUCACAAGAUUGGGUCACUGAUUGGUCUCCAGCGCAGAAGUAGCAGUGCUUCACAGCUAUCUGAUGGGAAGAAGAAGAGCUCGAUCCAGCGAAGUGAGGAAGUGUUGUCAGGAAGAGGUCUGGUGAAGCAGCCAAGUAAAGACUCCACUGAUGGCAGUAUUGGGAGCAUUAGUAGUGACUCUGGGAGUGUUCUCUGGCUGAAUCCUGCAGGAAUGAGACUGGGACCAGAAGGACAGUUUGGGGAUUUUAUUGAUGGACUAGGUCCAGCUCAGCUUGUGGGACGCCAGGUUCUGGGCUCAGCCUGUCUAGGGGAGAUCCAGCUCAGUCUGUAUGACAGAAAGCACCAUCUUGAGGUGGAGGUCAUCAGGGCCCGUGGCCUUAUUCCUAAAGCAGGAGCCAAAAUUCUUCCAGCUCCUUAUGUGAAGGUGUACUUAAUUGAUGGGAAACACUGUGUGGAGAAACAGAAGACAACUGUGGCUAGACGGACAUUAGAUCCUCUGUAUCAACAACAGCUGGCCUUCACCGAGGACUACAGGGGCAAAAUAUUACAAGUUACAGUAUGGGGAGAUUAUGGAAGAAUGGAUCGUAAAGUAUUUAUGGGUGUGGCACAAAUACUCCUAGAUCACUUAGACCUUUCAAACAUUGUUAUUGGCUGGUACAAAUUAUUCACUAGCUCUUCAUUGGCUGGUCAUCAUUCAUCGUCAUCGACGAUUGGUCACUCUCGCAAAGGCUCAACAACAUCUCUAGAUAGUGGUUACAAUAACAACAGCCCCAGAACGUAGCAUUAGUUAUAUUUUAGCUUGUUUACUGUCUUAUCAUAAUUAACCUUUUCCAAUUUUGUAGUAGAGUAUGCAAUUUAAAUUAAGGACUUUAAGAUAGCAUAAAGGGCACAUAACUCAUGCAUAAAGUGGCCUGCUGCAUUUAGUAAAUAAGAUCUUAAUAUCUUUUCAUGGAAUAUUUAUUGAUUAUCAUGUAUAUCAUCAUUAAUACACAAAAACUUUCAUUGACAUUCAUGGUAUCAUGUUAGCAAAGAUGCAGUCUUUCUAAUGAUGUACUGUACGUUCCAUGUAAAACAGCUUUCAAGAAAAAUAAUAGAAAGUUUGUGUGUGUGAUUUCCUCCCUUGAAGACAUGUACUGUAGUUUCACUUAUUUCCAAGGGGUUUGAUCUAAGGGAUUCCAUUUCAUUGUUGGUGGAAGAAUAUGAUACUGUUGUUUAAAAUUUAACAUUUCAUGGUGGGCAUAACUUCCUGGGUGUUUUUAUACCAUGAAAACACUGAAAAUUAAACCCCUAAGAAAAUUAGUGAUUUCACAGAAUACAUUCAUAAGAACAUUCAAUUGAUAUUUGCAUGUAUCAUGCAAAAUGUCUUAAAGGAUAUUUAUUUGAUAUCAGAUUGCUUAAUUUAUGCAUGUAUCAUGCAGAGUAUGCAACUCAUUGAUAAUGGUAUUGUAAGAACAGGUCUGGAAUGUCUUUGUAUGAGAGGAAAAUUAGUAUUCCAGUUUGGGGCAAUUGAUCCCACUUAAAGAAAGAAACAGCCAGUUUUUUAAUUGCAUGCAACAUUAGGUACAUGUAACAUUGAAAAUCAUCAGUACUUCAAAAAAGCAAAGUUUGUGUUAAAAAGUGUUCAAUGAAAACAACCCUCUAGGGCUUACAGUGGUGAAAUGUCGACUAUAGUUCAUAUGCAUUGUUCCAUUUUCCCCAUGGCACAUACCACCUUUUGUACAUAAACUGCAAAACUUGAUCAGUUGAAAAUGUUGUUUAAGGAUGAAAACUGUUGAAAUCAGAAGUUGGUAUACAGAGUAUCUGAAUUAGUUUGAUGAUAGUUUUUAUUGAUAUUUUUAUUUACUUAUUUGUGAACAUUUUUAUGUGAAAAGUAGUUGCAUUUGUUGAAGAUUAUGCAUAGGGUAUAAAUGUCAUUGUUGUAAACUUGUGUAGUUAAAAGUUAUGUGUUAUGCACAUGAGUUUUUGUUGAGUUUCUAGUUAAAAAAUCAGGUGUCAAUUGAAGUUUGAGUUGAAUUUUUAUAUUAUGACUGUUUUUCCUUGUUAUUGAAACAAAAAUCUGUGAUCAUUUUGUUUUUCCUCUUUAAUUAAGAUAUAUACAUUACAUAUGGAUAAUAUUUCUAUAUAUUUCUUAUGAUACAUUUACAUGUAUGUUGCAUAUUUUAGAAUAGGUGUGUAUUUAAUUUCCCCUUAGAAGUUAUGAUUAUAAAAACAUGUAAAUAAGUUUGUUGUUACAUAGAGACUUUCUUAAUGAACAGCUGGAGCAUGACUGUGUGUUGAAAAUGACAGUGUUAACAUGAGUUUAACAUUGAGGUUUUGAUCAAGUCAGCUGUCAAUGUGUACUUGUAUUCAUUUAAUUAUCUCCAGGUCCAUAACAGCAAUUUCUCUUGGGGAAAAGAUUUAAUAAAUAACCAUAUAAUACAUAACUUAACACCAGAUAUUAGUUGGGGUUGAAAUGGCUGAAUGAAAUGAUCUACAUACAAUAUAUAACACCCCCCCCCCUCCAACAACUCUUUUUUCAAAUCCAAUUGUGUCAUUGCUAUUACUGUAGCAUUCUUAUCUCCUAAAAGUAAAGAGUUUCGUUUGAAAUCUCUUCAAAUGCCAGUUUUUCUAAAGCAAGCACAAAUUUUACUCUACUUAAUUAUAUAUGAACAGGGUAAAUCAAAUCUAGAUUAUGAAGAAUGAUAUAUAUGAAAGAUAACCUGUCAUAAAAAUUUUUCCCAAGGUCUUUGAGGACAAAUUUCAGAACUGUAAAGUAUUGUUUCUUUUUUGUCAAAACCUGUAUGGUGUGAAUUUGACCCAAAAAAAUCAUUGUUUACAAACUGUAUUAACAAUUUAAUAUGACUGUAGCUUAAUUAGUACAGAUCUUAUUUACCUGCAUUUACUUACUCGGUUUUGCACAUGCGUUAUCAGAUGGAAAUCCAGUUUUUUCUUCAUAUAUUCACAAGGUGUAUGUAUGUAAACCAUAUCCAUAUUCCUAUACUUACAUCAAUUUUAUACAAUGAGGAAGUUUGCAUUGAUUCUAAAAAGAUUUUUACACUAUAUUGUUACUUAGAUUGUCACAUGACUAACUCACAUGGGGGAGCAGAUUUUGGUCAUGUAGUGCCCAAUAUUCCCACCAAAGAGUGCUUUAUGGUUUUAUUUAAAAGGAACAGGAUGGAUUUAAUGAGAAGAAAAUCUUUUUGCUUACAUAAAUAUAUAUAAAUCUGUAAAAUGAGUUUUGUUUAGCUGAAAAUUUUGUCUGCAGUAGACUUGGCAAUUUUCCAUAUUCUGACCAGUUUGUUUUAACUUUGUUGAAUCUUUCAUCAUGACAGCACCAUUUUGUUGAAAUUUAGGAAAGGAAUCAACUUUACACUGUUACAAUCAAAUAAAGUCAAUAUGAAAUCUU